AUGAAGAGAACAAAUAUUGAUGUUUUUUGUCAGCAACUUGACAAAACAUUGAGGUCUUAUUUUAAAAUUAUAAAAGGAGAAACUAAAAAUACCAUAUGGACAGUCAAAUCCAUAAGUCUUUACGCUGAAAGUUUACAAAAAGCAACAUUGAAAACCAAAGAUGAGAGACAAGAACCCAACCAGAUAUCGGGUUCUCAAAGUCACUCUGAAAAAGUAAGCAGAAGGUCUAAUUCAGAAGGCUCAAAGAAGUUCAAACCUAAACAUUUGAAAAAUCAGGGAUGCGAAACUAUGAGGAAACAAAAUAUUCAUGCUAUUGAUAAUUCUUCUCACAAAGCCACAGUGAAGCCUUACAAAAAUGACAAUGACAAAAAUAAAAUAAAACACCACAAGACAAACAGCUAUAUCCAAAUCAACAUAAAAAUAACUGCACAACAAGACAUACACCUAAAUAAAAUCAUCAUAGAAAGAACUGCACAACAAGACAUAAACCUAAAUAAAAUCAACAUAGAAAGAACUGCACAACAAGACAUACACCUAAAUAAAAUCAACAUAGAAAGAACUGCACAACAAGACAUACACAUAAAUAAAAUCAUCAUAGAAAGAACUGCACAACAAGACAUACACCUAAAUAAAAUCAUCAUAGAAAGAACUGCACAAAAAGACAUACACCUAAAUAAAAUCAACAUAGAAAGAACUGCACAACAAGACAUACACCUAAAUAAAAUCAUCAUAGAAAGAACUGCACAACAAGACAUACACCUAAAUAAAAUCAACAUAGAAAGAACUGCACAACAAGACAUACACCUAAAUAAAAUCAUCAUAGAAAGAACUGCACAACAAGACAUACACCUAAAUAAAAUCAACAAAGAAAGAACUGCACAACAAAACAUACACCUAAAUAAAAUCAUCAUAGAAAGAACUGCACAACAAGACAUACACCUAAAUAAAAUCAUCAUAGAAAGAACUGCACAACAAGACAUACACCUAAAUAAAAUCAUCAUAGAAAGAACUGCACAACAAAACAUACACCUAAAUAAAAUCAUCAUAGAAAGAACUGCACAACAAGACAUACACCUAAAUAAAAUCAACAUAGAAAGAACUGCACAACAAGACAUAUACCUAAAUAAAAUCAACAUAGAAAGAACUGCACAACAAGAUAUACACCUUAAUAAAAUCAUCAUAGAAAGAACUGCACAACAAGACAUCAACCUAAAUAAAAUCAACAUAGAAAGAACUGCACAACAAGACAUACACCUAAAUAAAAUCAUCAUAGAAAGAACUGCACAACAAGACAUACACCUAAAUAAAAUCAACAAAGAAAGAACUGCACAACAAGACAUACACCUAAAUAAAAUCAACAUAGAAAGAACUGCACAACAAGACAUACACCUAAAUAAAAUCAACAUAGAAAGAACUGCACAACAAGACAUAUACCUAAAUAAAAUCAUCAUAGAAAGAACUGCACAACAAGACAUAUACCUAAAUAAAAUCAUCAUAGAAAGAACUGCACAACAAGACAUACACCUAAAUAAAAUCAUCAUAGAAAGAACUGCACAACAAGACAUACACCUAAAUAAAAUCAUCAAAGAAAGAACUGCACAACAAGACAUACACCUAAAUAAAAUCAACAUAGAAAGAACUGCACAACAAGACAUACACCUAAAUAAAAUCAACAUAGAAAGAACUGCACAACAAGACAUACACCUAAAUAAAAUCAACAAAGAAAGAACUGCACAACAAGACAUACACCUAAAUAAAAUCAACAAAGAAAGAACUGCACAACAAGACAUACACCUAAAUAAAAUCAACAUAGAAAGAACUGCACAACAAGACAUACACCUAAAUAAAAUCAACAUAGAAAGAACUGCACAACAAGACAUACACCUAAAUAAAAUCAACAUAGAAAGAACUGCACAACAAGACAUAUACCUAAAUAAAAUCAACAUAGAAAGAACUGCACAACAAGACAUAUACCUAAAUAAAAUCAACAAAGAAAGAACUGCACAACAAGACAUACACCUAAAUAAAAUCAACAUAGAAAGAACUGCACAACAAGACAUAAACCUAAAUAAAAUCAUCAUAGAAAGAACUGCACAACUAGACAUACACCUAAAUAAAAUCAACAAAGAAAGAACUGCACAACAAGACAUACACCUAAAUAAAAUCAACAAAGAAAGAACUGCACAACAAGACAUACACCUAAAUAAAAUCAACAUAGAAAGAACUGCACAACAAGACAUACACCUAAAUAAAAUCAACAUAGAAAGAACUGCACAACAAGACAUAUACCUAAAUAAAAACAUCAUAGAAAGAACUGCACAACAAGACAUACACCUAAAUAAAAUCAACAUAGAAAGAACUGCACAACAAGACAUACACCUAAAUAAAAUCAUCAUAGAAAGAACUGCACAACAAGACAUAAACCUAAAUAAAAUCAUCAUAGAAAGAACUGCACAACAAGACAUACACCUAAAUAAAAUCAUCAUAGAAAGAACUGCACAACAAGACAUAUACCUAAAUAAAAUCAACAUAGAAAGAACUGCACAACAAGACAUACACCUAAAUAAAAUCAACAUAGAAAGAACUGCACAACAAGACAUAUACCUAAAUAAAAUCAACAUAGAAAGAACUGCACAACAAGACAUACACCUAAAUAAAAUCAACAUAGAAAGAACUGCACAACAAGACAUACACCUAAAUAAAAUCAACAUAGAAAGAACUGCACAACAAGACAUACACCUAAAUAAAAUCAACAUAGAAAGAACUGCACAACAAGAUAUACACCUAAAUAAAAUCAACAUAGAAAGAACUGCACAACAAGACAUACACCUAAAUAAAAUCAACAUAGAAAGAACUGCACAACAAGACAUACACCUAAAUAAAAUCAACAUAGAAAGAACUGCACAACAAGACAUACACCUAAAUGAAAUCAACAUAGAAAGAACUGCACAACAAGACAUAUACCUAAAUAAAAUCAACAUAGAAAGAACUGCACAACAAGACAUACACCUAAAUAAAAUCAACAUAGAAAGAACUGCACAACAAGACAUACACCUAAAUAAAAUCAACAUAGAAAGAACUGCACAACAAGACAUACACCUAAAUAAAAUCAACAUAGAAAGAACUGCACAACAAGACAUAUACCUAAAUAAAAUCAACAUAGAAAGAACUGCACAACAAGACAUACACCUAAAUAAAAUCAACAAAGAAAGAACUGCACAACAAGACAUACACCUAAAUAAAAUCAACAUAGAAAGAACUGCACAACAAGACAUACACCUAAAUAAAAUCAACAAAGAAAGAACUGCACAACAAUACAUACACCUAAAUAAAAUCAACAAAGAAAGAACUGCACAACAAGACAUACACCUAAAUAAAAUCAUCAUAGAUACAAGGAUAAAACGAGGUGUAUGCAAAGCGAGCGUCCCUUCUACAUAA